GGCUGGCCCGCCCCCGCCAUGAGGCGCACGGUGCCUCCGUGCUGCAGCCGGCAUGGAGCGGCGCGGCAGGACGGAGAGGUUCCCCGCCUUGGGGGUAUUGUUUCCCCCUGUCCUCCUCCUCCUUCUGGCAGCAGAAGAUUGUUUGGCUCAGUGUGAUAAUGACUGCAAGGCUUACUGCUGUGAUGGGACUACUCCCUACUGCUGUUCAUAUUAUGCCUACAUUGGGAAUGUCUUUUCAGGCACAGCAAUAGCUGGAAUUGUUUUCGGCAUAGUAUUUAUAAUGGGAGUGAUUGCUGGGAUUGCCAUCUGUAUCUGCAUGUGCAUGAAAAGCACCCGUGAGACUCGAGUAGGGGUCAUCCGAGCAACACACAUCAACACCAUCAACACAUACCCAGUGGCUCCACCACCAUACAGUUAUGAACAUGAAAUGGAGUACCCAGCUGACCUACCUCCACGUUAUACUCCAGCCGCACAGACUGUGAUACAGUAUCCCCCACCCCCUCCAUACCCUGGAUAUUCAGGGAAAUAAUUAACAUGGCUUCACAUGGAUAUUGACUGCUUCUUGAAACAGCCAGCACUGCUGGGACAAUGCUGUUGGCUCAGGGACAAAUAGGAUUGGGUUUUGCAUCAACACAUAUGGCCAGGUGUUGAAAUAGACUGGUUGCCAAGGCUCAGGAUGAAUAAAAAUACUGUCCACUCUGGACCAUCACGUUUCAUGAUUAAACAACAUGUGACCAAAGAAACAGUUCCUAAAAGUUAGUGUCUGAUGAGUAGUGCUUAACACCAAUUCUUAGCUUCACCUGCAGCACAUGGGAGUGGUGGUUUUCCCAUGUAGGAAUGUGCAAGUGGUUCAAACAGUUCAACAAAUUGUUUCAAAUGCACAAGAGGGUGCUGGGGCUUAUUCCGGAGGCAAGCAUCAACUGUUGUUGUCUUGAGGUAACCGCUAUGCCUUUCCUUGAAACAAGGGGAAUAAGCAACAAGAAAGAUUGAAACUGUUUUCUGUUUCUACUUCCAGCUGAUAAUACCUAAUGAUCACUAUGCAUAUUGAUCUGAUAACCAUGUUACAAGGAGAAGUGCUGGUAGAAUUUUCUAGUAAUUAAAAAUUUAUGGAUAUUAUUUUUGGCCAGGUGCAGAUUUUUUAAGUGCCUCUUUUUAAGCAGUUUGUGUCUAGUUAAUGAACUGAAAUGUUAACAUAAGGAGAAUUUUUGUAUGUGAAAUACACUUAAUUUAUAGCUGAUCUAUUUUUACCUGGACUUAAAACCUCUAUACAUUGAAAAUAUGCUAAAAUGCCUUUUAUACCAGCAAACACUAUUUUGAUUUUCAUAUAAAAAUACUGAAUCUGCAGAACUCACAAAUGGGAGAAAAAAUGCAAAACAAAUAUUAAAAGGUCCUAGAUUUGAUAUCAGUUUAAUUGCUUAAAGCCAGGGUUUUAAAAUUUUAUUUACCGGUAAUGAGGAUAUCCAGCCUUAGCAAAGAGAUGAGGGUGGAGACUGUGAGCAUCUGAUUACUUUUAAAUGUGUCUUGGGCAAUUUAAAACUGUAGGUCAUCAAGUAACAUUUUUACAUUUGCCAUGCAUGUUGUUCAAACUUAUUUAUUCUCCACUACAUGCAGUCCAGAUCUUCAUGAUUUAAAAUGUUCCCUGUACUUAUGCAGGUAACUGUAAUUCUGCAGCAGCUAUUUGACUUCAGAAUAGCGUAUUCCAUUACCUAAAGCAUCAUCUUUCAGUGUUAAGACUAUUAUUUUUCUCAGGUUUAUAUGCAAGUCACAAAGAGUGGGUCUCUUCAAGAAUUUAAAAGUGCUGAAUGCUCUUGGUUUGAGGUGGUUGUCUGAGCAGUUUGAGAAUGCUACAGCUGUGGCAUCAACUGCAGGUUGCUGCUGGUUCACAGAGAUCAGAAUGCAUUUAAAUGUUUUCCAGUGUAGCCUUUCUCUUCUUUUCAAGUGUAUUGAUAUAGUAACAAAUAAAAAAGCAGCUUGCAAAAAGGA